AUGAAGACGGCAAAUUUCAUAGCGUCAUUUUUCGCCGGGGUUGCCACGGCUCGAGUGGUCGCCAAAGACACCGCUUGCCCGGCCCAAGCGGCUACAGAGUUCGCGAUUGCGUACGGCGAGCCCUUGCUUUCUUAUGCACACGCUUUUAGUCAACUUCCGAAAGGUUUCCCUGCGAACAAGCUAUACGCCAACACCGCGUUGGCGACACCUAACCAGACCGCGAUCGUAAGCCCAAAUGUGGAUACGUUAUACAUGAGCCAAAUGUACGACAUAUCGCGGGAUGAUCUGAUAGUUAUGGUGCCAGAGGUCGAUCCUAACAGAUACUAUGCUGUGUCGUUCUAUACCCCCGAGGGUGAUAACUUCCUCAAUCUUGGUUCUCUUUUGCAGACCAAAGCAGGAAAAUACCUUCUCACGCCUGCCGUUACGUCGGAUACUGCUGGCAAGAUAGUAACAGGAUGCAAGGAAACAUAUCAGGGUACUGUAUACUCGCCCAGGACCUUGGGAUACCUUCUUAUUAGAAUUGUCCUGAGGAAUCAAGACAGCGAUAUUAGGGCAGUGAAUGAAAUCCAGCGCAGGUUCAGUACUAACACCACAGCCCGGUCCGGGGAGCCUAUUGGCCCGGAAUUGAAGGCUACUUUGUUUACCAACGUGUCGAGCGUCGUGGUCGAGAAUCUUCUCGCAUUCAUGGCGCGCUUCAAUCAGACGAUACCCCCAAGAAAUGGUCAACCAGUUUUGCCCGCGGGGACCACGUCAAACCUCUCGCUAGCUGGAAUUGUAAGUGACGGGACCUACCGAAAACCGGAUUGUGUCGACCUAGCACAGGCUUCUAGCGCAACUAAUGCCUCGAUCACUAAGUAUUCGCAGUCACCGGACUUCAUCAACAACCUAAGUAACGGAUGGACGAUGCUUCGACCUGAUCUCGUUGGGACAUACGGUGAUAACUACGACGCGCGAACUGCUACUGCGGUGUUCGGAUACCUUGCCCUAACUAAGGAUCAAGCUCUUUACCCGACGUACAAGGAGGGUUUCUCACUGGGGGCUAAUGAGUCCUACGUAUUGCGGUUUUCGGGAAAGCCGCCGGUGACUGAUAUCGGGUUCUGGAGCGUCACGAUGUAUGACUCGCGAGGAACGUUGGUACCAAACUCGAUCAACCGGUACUCACUGGGCGACCGGAGCAAUUUGACUUACUCCGAUGGAACGGUCGUGUAUGGAACGGAUAGCGACGCGCCAUUCGAUAUCCUAAUACAGGCGUCUCAACCGCCUGCGAACUGGACCUCUAAUUGGCUCCCGUCACCAAGCACUCCGGGAUCCUUCAAGGCGAUUCUACGGUUCUAUGUGCCUACUGAUGCUCUAAGUAACGGGACGUACACAUAUCCGCAGGUUACUAAGGGUGCCGUUCGAAAGUAAAUGGGUAGAGCUAUCGUGAUACGGCAUUGGGAAAAGUUUGGAUGGUGGUAAUGAUUAGGGUGGUAAAGGGUGGUCGGAAGAGAGGCUGUCGUUGGCUAGCGACGCGAUUUCUUGGGUAAAUUCUCGAUUUUCUAUAACAAGGGUAUAUACGUUUAAAUAAUAAUCUUUAGAAUGAUUUACGCUACUUUAGCUUUUAGAAC